AUGACUUUGUUGGAAGUGAUAACAAAAGCUUCGUCUUCAAUUCCAACUCGACCCGACGAAGAAACCGAUUACCCGAUUUUGCUAAAUCCGGAGCCUGUUCUCCUCAAGCUGAAGCCCGAGUCCGACGCCCAGCAAGCUCAAAACUCUGUGAAAAAGGUUACCGGCUGGGAAAUUUCACAAACAGAUAAUGAGCUUAUCGAAUUAGGUCACAAAUUCUGCAAGGACCUGAGGAGGAAACUGAAAAACACCAAUUCCUUUGGUAAAUCCAAGUUCGUGGGAAUGGUAACUUCGCAUUUGGAGAAUCUCGCAAAUAAAGUUGGGGUUUCUGUUGCUGCUGAUAAAACAGAAGGUGUGUAUGUCGGUAAAUUGGUGGAGAAAUUGGGGCUUUUUAUGGGUAGGGAUGUUAAGGGCUUGAUUUUGGAGGGCUGUAUUAGUUUGGAGGUUUGGGAUGUGUUGGGGAGUCUAAUAGCUAAUGGGGUUGUUGAACAUGCUUCUACGUCGAACUUGGUUCACAAGUUGAUCGAGAAAAGGAGGUCGGAUUUGGUUGUUUUGUGCGUGAAACACUUGUUGGACCUUCAGGCUUAUGACUUGAUGUGCAUUUUGAAGUAUUUCUUGAUGCUGCCUGGUGAUGGGUAUAGAAGCCUGUCGAGUGUGAGGGAGGAUUGGGAGAGGCAAGCGUCGUUGGCGAUUGAGAAGGCGAGUGGUAAGGGCGUUAGUGGGCAAAAUAAGAGCUUGGCGAAGGAUGCUGCGGUCUUGAUCAUGUUGGGACAUGAUGGAUUCUCGGUGUCUGAGCUGUGCUUGCAUUAUAUUCUCGCGUCUGCAAAUCUUGAUGAGGUUAUUUUCGCAGCUUGUGCGAGUAAGUUGAAUGGUGAGGAGUUGAAGGCUUUGAUUCAGUACUUUGGGAAGUGGCUGAGGAAGUAUGAGAGGUUUCCUCAAGCUGGUCCUUGUCCUGGAUCAUCUGCAUUGGGUUUAACGAAGAAGUUGUUGGUUCCUUAG